AUGCGCCGCUCGAUGAGGCAGGUCAAGGAACUAACGGUUCUGGCCGCCAUGGUCGUAGCCCUUUCAAACCAGGAAAGGACGGAAGCAUGGAACGCCGCGAAGCAUCAAGAUGUAGAAGCAGAUCAAUCAUUCGAUGCUCAGUCCAUGAUUGAAGCUCAAUGGGGAACACCUUAUACGCAUCUACCCACGAUCCAGGCUCCUGACGGUUCUCUAGUUGUUGUAUUCGAAACUGUAUCAGGCGAGGAGAAGGCUUAUGCCGUUAAUGUUGGACCCCAAAACGAAUGCGCUGGUAUGGGCACUCUUGUGGACAACGGCAAGUCGGAGGUCCUUGAAACGCUUUCUAGCAUUUCCAGUGCAGAUGAUUGCCAGGAGCUGUGCGCUCAGACGAGGUAUUGCAUCGGUGCAAUUUAUGAUGAGUACGCGUCAACAUGCAGUCUGAUGAAAAGCUUGCGGGGGCUCACGAGAGGCUUGUCGACACUGGUUGUGCCGUCUUGCGACUCGGAGUGCUUUCAGAAAGGCAAGAAGUUCAUUGAGGAUGGGACUUCGCUGGGGUUUGCCCCCAACCCGAAUAUCUGCCAGGCAAUGUGUGAGGGAGAGCCGACUUGCCGCGCCUUCACAUGGAAGGAUCAACAAUGUGUCUCCUAUCCGAAUGGUGCGCUUACGGCAGCCGACGCUAACGCAGUAAGUGGGUUCAGGGGAAGCUGCUCAGUGAGCAGCAAAGCAGCUAAUUAUGCAGAAUCGUGCCUAGUUGAUAUAUAUACCACCGAUGGUGUGGACUUUACAAUGGUGCGAGGAUCACCUUCUGAUGGGGCCUGCAAUAUUACCUGUCUCUCUAACAGCAAUUGCAAGUGGUUCACCUACAAUCGAAUAGAUAAAAUAUGCUUUCUCAAAUCUUCUAGAGGACAAAGAUUCUAUUUCUCUAAGCGUGGAGACGUGACUGGACCGAAGCACUGUGACACAAGCUGCUUCCUAAAGGACAUUGAAUACCAAGGGCAGAGGGUUGCCACAAUGAAUACAGACAAAAUUUCAGAGUGUCACUACCAAUGUUCAGAAAAUUCAAAGUGCAGCAGGUGGACCUAUGAAUCGAGUAAACGGGGAUGCUAUCUCUUUGGGGAGACUAAGAGUGCUGUGGGUGCACGUUCAAAAGGCUUUUGGAGUGGUCCUAAGGAUGGCUGUGGAGCCGAGCCACUUUAUGCAUUGGCUGCUCCAGGUUGUGCACUUAGAGGGGUCAAAUACGUCGCAGUGCCGCUUCAAAUCUUGUCCACAAGCACUGCCACGGAAUGCCAAAAGAGAUGCCAAGCCGAUUCCAAUUGUACGACGUUUGCUUACAAUACGACGAAUCUUGGGAAGGAUAACACGGAGCCUGCAGAAUGCAGACGAUGGUAUGACCACCUUGACGCCUCCGCCCUGUUCACCAACGAGAAUAAAGUUUUGCGUAGUGCUGCUCGGAUAAGGAGGGGCUGCGUACAGGGAGAAGCGGGUAUCUGGGUUUUCGGAGUGCAGAGCUGA